CACUGGCCUCGGAGUGUGGGAAAGCUAAUCCUGACUGGGACUCAUGGCUUUGUAAUGCUAAUGAGCUCCUAUAAAUAGAGGAGCACGGCCCUCAUUCCCAACACAACCAACUUGCUCUCCUCAGAGGAACAUCUCUCCAUCUGAAAGAAUGGCUCCAUCUUACACGAAUGACUACUCCAAACUUUCCAACAAGGAGAAACAUAAAUUAAGAAAACCCGCAGUGGAAAAGAUGCGCAGAGAUCGCAUCAACAGCUGCAUCGAGCAGCUCAAAUCCAUGCUGGAGAAGGAGUUCCAGCAGCAGGACCCCAACACCAAACUGGAGAAAGCCGAUAUCCUGGAGAUGACGGUGGUCUUCCUGAAACGGCAGCUGCAGAACAAGACUUCGGCUCCACAGAAAGCCCACUUUGACGGCUAUUCUCAGUGUUGGAGGGAAACCAUGAGCUUCCUAUCGGUCAACCCCAAGGCGGACGCUGUACGUCAACAUCUGAACCACUGCCAAGAAGCCCAGAGAUCAGCUAAAGACCUCAUCCACUCGUCUCCAGCUUCCCAUCAGCCCACCAAGGUGAAGCAGGAACCAUGUGCCCACAGACCGCUCUGGAGACCCUGGUAGAGACUCCAGGAUCAAAGACUUUCACAUCAAAACUAGAUGGUGGUUUUACCAUCUCUUAUAUUGUAGGAGAUAAACAUUUCCAUAUUUCUAGGUUCAUUUCUUUUGAAAGAAUGUCUUUUAUGGUACUUCACGCUGUGAAGUUUGUGGAAGGAAAUGGGUUUCACAUUUCCAUAUUUCUAUGUUCAUUGCAAAUAUCGCUUCAUAUUGAAGUUUCGAUUGUUUUACUCUUAAUAAGAGUUUCUUUAUUGCUAUUAUAUUAGCAUGACAUUCACCUUGAGUAUGUCUAAAGGCGUUCUUUCCCAAGUUCUAAUGUUGUUUGGCUUGCAAACAGUGAUAUUGCUCAGAAUCUGAGCUCUUUGUACGGUCCUGAUGGACGUUCAUUUUAAACAGCCUUUUGUGAAGGCUACAGAAAGACAAUAUUUGUUCUUGUGAUGGCACUCCGGUGCGUUGAAACAUUGUAGACACUGUGUGUCUAACAUUGCCUUUAAUAAAAGCAGUUAAUUACUAAAA